GAAUAUUCCACCCAGAAGUGUGUAACUUCUCACGUUAUGGCAAGAUUUUCUCACUUUAACCUCAUGGCCAUGAAUUCAAACGUCGAGUAGACCUUGGAACGGCGCCGCGAAAUGGUUGACUUUUUUAGCUCGGUUCGAAGCCGCUUCAGCUUUCGAUGGUGGAAGAAGACCUCUAGGAUUCGCUACUACUGGUACGGGGUCGAAAACAGUUGCUUUUUGUGGUUGGAUGUGCUGCUGCUUCUUGCAGGCAUUCCAAGUGCAUCGACUUCGAAGUGGCCCCACGAGCGUACGAUUCGGUACAUUUCGACCUGUUUAUUUGUGCUUCAAUCCAUGUUGUACGUCCAGCAAACGAUCAAUGCGAUUGCCGACCGUAAGGAAAACAUGCCCAUCUUUCUACUGGAAGUUGUAAAAACUACGUCCAUCGCGUUGAUAAGCCUAAAGCUGCUGCUAAUGAUUCACCUCCGGAAGCCGCUGGAUUCUGUGAGAAGCUUCAUCAAUAGUGAUCGCGUAAGGUCCGGAGACGAUGCGUACGAUGAGCUUGUGUACGGGAAGUUCAACCGAUCCGGUCGCCGAAUGAUACGGGUUAUAUUCGGUUUGAUUGGGUUGGAAGCCGUUCUGAUGACGUUUCCCUGUAGCACUACCCGGAGAGUGUUCAGGUUGCCCCGUCAACUGAUGGGAGCAGGGAAGAAUGUGGCGUCUUUGGUGAACUUCUUGUAUCUGGGAUUGUUACCCGUGGGCAUGUGUCCGAGGUUCUUCACCAAUCUUACCAGCCUCGGUAUUCUGCUCAUGGGAAUGCGGGCGAAGCUCAAAAUCCUGGCUCAUCGAUAUCAGCGUAUGUUGGCACAGUCGCCCUUGGAGGAAACGCAGUACUAUAAGUUCAUGGUCUUGGAGGUACGUGAAAUCAUGGAUCAACAACUGGAGUUUUCGAGGCAUUUAAAAAUUUUGAAACAAAUGGUGGGCAAAGCAUUUUCCCUAGUGCAUUAUUUUUCGAUCUAUGCGAUUGGUACCAUGUUCUACGUCUCCAAAAUCAUGGGACUGAACACUACGGCCAUCAUGCUCGUAGCGUCAACCGCUUGGCUGUUGCUGGAAUACUACUUGUGGUGUCAGCUUGUGGAUUCGCUCAAGGACGAGGCAGAAUCCUUCGGCCUUAACAUCUUGGAAAUAUGCUGUGUUAUGCCCUUCAAGCGUAAGUAUGCCUCCUACUACAUCCAGCUGCGAACCUCUUUGAUGAUAUCUUGGAUCAGCAUGCGGAAUGGACUCUCGAUGAACUGUUUGGGAUUAUUUGAAAUUUCAACUGCAGCUUUCGUUGCUCUGUUGAAUAUCGUUUAUACGGUGGUGACAUUUUUGCUUAAUAUAAACUGAGAGAAUGCAGUUGCUCGUACUUUCAUGAUUGAAUGUUCUUAUAUUUGUUAGUUGGAAACCGUGUGAAAUGUGUAAUUAAUAAAAAUGAUUUCACAACAAACUUAAAAAUCGUGCUCAUGCCCACUGUUUACUUUCAACACUGAGCAAUGCUUUCUAGGUGGAAAAU